AUGUUUGCCCUGCUGCUCUCGUUAUUGGUGCUCCCUCUCGUUGCGAAAUGCUACAACUUGAAUGUACUGCCUCAACCCCGGUCAUGGACAUUGUCGUCAGCACCCCCGUUUCCUUUGUUUGCGCCCGUCACAAUCGUCGUCGACGCGGCCUACCAAAAUUACUCGGACGCGGACGGCAUGACUCUUAUUCCUCCCUCUUUGCACGCAUUCGCGUCGUUAUUCGCCGAAGACCUCGCUUCUGCAUAUAAUUCCCAACCAACCCUGAAAGCCGGGACAUCACCGCCUGACUAUGGUAUCUUUCUGACAAUUACUCACAAUACGACUACUCUGCUGGAUGGAACAAGCACCGGCGAAGGCUAUCGCGUCUCUUCUUCCGCUAGUCUGAUCACUAUUGAAGGGUCCGGCGCCAGAGGCGCUUGGUGGGCCACGAGAACCCUCUUGCAAGCUGCUGCUUUGAAUGGGGGCUGGUUCCCUGCCGGCGAGAUCGUAGACGGCCCCGACUAUGGAAUCAGAGGCCAUAUGCUGGACGCCGCUAGGCACUGGUACAGUGCCGAGUACCUCACGGAAUUCUGCCAUUACUUGUCGUUCUUCAAACUCAACGAGUUCCAUGUCCAUCUUAGUGAUAACGUGUAUCCGGCUGCCACGGAAGAAUGGCGGUCAUACUAUGCCCGGUUUCGCUUGUGGUCGAACAAUCCAGCAUUUUCAGGACUAGCUCACCAAAAUGAAUCCUACGAUCAAGCGACAUUCGCCGCCUUCCAAUCAUCUUGCGCAGCCCGGGGGGUGACCGUCAUCCCGGAAAUCGAGGCGCCAGGCCACGCCCUGCCCUUGAGUCAGUGGCAGGAUAGCAUGGGGAAGCAGGUGUACAUCGACACUGACCCGACGCUGCUCAACCUGUCUAUCCCUGGUGUGACGGAAAUGGUGGAGAAUAUAUGGACUGAGUUCCUUCCGUGGUUUGAAACGCAGGAGGUAUGUAUUGGAGCAGACGAAUACCCUUCGGACCUCGCGGAUGAGUAUAUCACCUUCGUCAAUGACCUGAACACCUUGAUCAAGGGACGUGGAAAGCACAUCAGAGCUUGGGGGACGGAUGAGCCAUCCAAUACAACUAGUAUUGACAAGGACGUAAUUAUACAACAUUGGGCUCUGUUCGCGACUGACCCGUAUGCCCUGAUCCAAAAAGGUUACCCUGUCAUAAAUUCACAAGAUUGGGUGUUUUACGAAGUUCUGAAAUAUAGCGACUCGUAUCCUCCGACGACUAACUUAACACGUUUCUUCGACUUUGGCGAUCCCCCAGUUCCGGGUCUCACAUGGAACACGUCGCUCUUCAACUGGACUGACAUCCCGUACAAUCCCUCGCCGACGACACCCUUGCUUAGGGGUGCCAUCGCACCUGUUUGGAACGAUAACGGUCCCAGGGCUAGCACGGACCUGGAAGCAUUCUACGAGACCAGGGUUCUUAUAAGUGUCGCCGGCGCUCUAAGCUGGGGCGCCAACAGCUUAAAAAUGGAAGCGUACGAUUCGGUCCGGGAAUACCUGGAGAAUAUCGCACCGGGGCAGAAUCUUAACAGAUUUGUUGCUAGCAAGGGCCCAACUGUCUUAUCAUACGACUUCUCCAGAUCAGGGUUGACGGACCUGAGCGGAAACGGAUACAACGCGCAUGUAUUGGGUCCCGUCAACCUCACUUCGUCAGGUCUGGUCAUCCUCUCCGGAGGGUCUUUGAUUACCCCCCUCGGGUCUCUCGGCUUGAAUCACACAUACGCGCUGGCCCUUUCACUGUCCUCCCCGUCAACGAUACUGAAAAUCACCGGUCCAGACACCUUGCUUACCUUGCAGAAUGGACAGCCGCUGGUCAUGCGAGCCAGUAACGGCGCCGAGUACCCUCUGAGGAACUUGACGACGAAUGCUACCACUCCACGACACAACUGCAAGGCACGGGAGUCUGGCAGGCUGGAAAGCAGGUGGGCUGGUUCGGAGAGCCGUUAA